AUGUGGCCUAACGUCACCCCUCAUCCUCCAACAAUAACUCACGUGGUUCUUCUCAUGUUGGACGUGGGAGAAGGUUGUUCUCCUCACAACAAUCAAUUCUCUCAUUCUAAUUCCAGCAAUUGGUCUGUGUGCCAAAUUUGUGGUAAGCCAGGAGUCACCGCUCCUCCUAGAGAGAAAGUCACUAUCUUCGGAGAUGGGAAUGUCAAGGCUAUUUUUAACACAGAAUACGACAUAGGAACCUACACGAUCAAAGCGGUGGAUGACCCAAGAACAUUGAAUAAGAUAGUCUACCUCAGGCCUCCCAAGAACAUUUACUCAUACAAUGAGCUUGUUGCCCUUUGGGAGAAAAAGAUUGGCAAAACCCUUAAGAAAAUCUAUGUUCCAGAGGAGAAAAUUUUGAAGGACAUCCAAGAGUCUCCAAUUCCAAUGAACAUGAUAUUAGCAAUCUACCACUCAGUCUUUGUAGAGGGGGAUCAGACCAACUUCGAGAUUAGGCAUCCUUUGGAGUGGAGGCCUACGAGCUAUAUAUACCCAGAUGUCAAAUACACCACAGUGGAAGAAUACCUUCACCAGUUUGUUUGAGAAAAUGAACCCCCAAGCAUGCCAGCUUGUUUAUAUUAUCAUUAUCAUAAAUAAUCUUAGUUGUUGUAACUUUAUAAGAGGAGUGUUUGUACCUUUUCUCAAUCCAAUAUCUAUGCUUCAUGCUUGCAACCUUUUUAGUCA